UUUAUACUCGGAAUUAGUCAGACGCGCGCAAACGACAUGGCUACCAAAUCGUUCAGAUGGAAUUUUGGGCUAUUCAACGAAGCCUCGAAAAGAUAUCUCACGCUUGAGACCUUCGGGUUCAAGUUAAACGUGGACGGGACUGCGCUGAAGAAGAAACAAAUGUGGACACUGGAGCAGGAAGAAGGUAGCAAUAUUUGUUAUUUUCGAAGCCACCUCAACAGAUAUCUGUCGGCAGAUCGGAGAGGCAACAUGAAAUGCGAGGACGAAGAGCGAGUCGAGGAAGCGAAAUUCACUGUCGAGACACAGCCCAGCGGAAAGUGGGCCAUAAAAAGCGUAUAUGGGGCAUACUUCGGUGGAACUGGUGAUCAGCUUAAAUGUGUGGCGAAACCCGGCGCUUCAGAGUUAUGGUGUAUUCAGCUUGCGAUGCACCCACACAUCAACCUGAUGAGCUCGCGAAGAACGCGCUUCGCUCAUCUCAACACCAAGACGGACACGCUCGAAGCCACCGAGAUUAUACCUUGGGGAGCGGACGCCACGAUCACUCUGGAGUUCGACGAAAAAGAGGGGAAAUACGCGAUCGCAGCGAGCAACAAAAAGUAUCUGACGAACGAUGGCUCGCUUGUAGAGGAUGCCAGUAAGAAGAGUUUGUUCACCAUUGAAUUCCAUGAGGGGGAGGUGGCUUUCAGAACCGACAAGGGUACUUACCUCGCUCCCGUGGGAACAGGAAAGAUUCAUGCCGGCAAAAACACCACCGUCGGAAAAGACGAACUGUUUGACGUCCAAGAUAGCCCACCGCAAGUUUCAUUCAUUGGACCGAAACCAGGCAGGCGACUGUCAAUUCACCAAGGUACGACUGUACAAUAUUCUGUUGUGUUAGUUUGUGUUUUGUUUCCCACUGGGUUAGUUCCGUUGUAUUUAUUCUAUAUAUACGAAGCCUUACCCCUGUCUAUGAAUCAUUGACAUUAACAAGCUCGUUCCGAUUUCAUUCAUAAAAAUGCAAAUUUUUCUGUGUUUACAAGCCAAUCUGCAGGUUUGAAGAUGCUUUUGUGUGUCCGUUCUUUAUCUUGUUUGUUGUUGACGGUGAUUUGAAUUGUUAACAAAAAUGGCUUUGCACUCGAUAAACUUGACCACGUGUGGGUAGAAUGUAGCGAGUCUAAAAUGUUGCAGUUACAGCAAUCACUUCUGCGACGGCAAUUAUUUGGGCGAAAAAAAAAAAACAAAACAAAAGUCAUGUUUAUGAUGAAUUUCAAAGAGAUUAGACGUCCUGGUUGAUUCCACGCGGCGAGAAGUUGAAAGCAACUGUGUACAUAACAAUAAUUAUUAUGCCAGUGACUCUAUAAUAACAAUAGAACAAAAAAAAAGCGAUCUUAUUAUAUGACCAACAGUUCUGUAAAUUCAGCAAAUCGCCGAUUAAAAUUACUCACGCGUAAAAAUAUGCGUGAAAAGUGUUCAUAACUUCGUUCUUUGAACGAUUUUUUCAGCUGCUGGGGUCAACGAAGAAAAAUUGUUGAAUACUUCUGUGUCGUGCAUUUAUCUUGAAUCUAAGGAAUUUAUUCGAAUCGUGAUCGCUGUUGCAGUGUUGAUCGAUAGAUCUUUUUCGCCUCGAAUCUCGAGUGUACAGAACGUGCCAGUAUGCAGACACAUACUAAUCCAUAUCCCCUUGUGAUCAUAGUGCUACAAUUUUGCCUAUCUAAUCCAGCCAUGAUGUCACGCAACAAAGGCAGUGUGUCGAGUUAAAUAAUGCUUAUUGUCAUUCUUAUUGUCAUUUUUGCUGUCCUUGUUCGUUUCUGAAAAUAGAAAACCAAUAGAAAAUUUACGCUCUGAGUCUCUUUGACAGAUAACUCGCCUAAAUUGGCUGAUUUUUAAUUUCUCAUUACUUAUCGUGGAAACAAUUCUACUGGAACCUGUACAGAGAAAGUGCAUUUUGAACAGUCUGCUUUCCUCCAAAAUGCAAGAGCUCGGAUAUGUCAUUAUUUGAAGGAGUAAGGCUCUUUGUUAUAGAAGCAUUCAAGAGUGUAAAGAUAACAAUGCCAAUUUUGUCUAUGAUGAAAAAAUAAUCUUUUUGUUUAUGCAUUCUUGGCUGUGAUUUUCUUUCCAUUCCUUUUACCUUAAAAGGUAAUAUAUGUAGCUGAUAAGCUUAUUGUUUUUAUAAUUAGUCAAGGAUAUGGGCAUGCAAAAUAUGAUUAUAUUUCUUUUGUAUAACUCUGACAAGUUUCAAUAAAUUAUUGAGAUAAAUAAAACUUCAUCCAUAUAGACAAUAUUGUAAUUGCUGCAUAUUUUAAAAUGAAGGUUUCAAGUUUGUUUAGAAUGAAAGUGAAUGAAUGCCAAAAAUAAAAAUUCAUCUGUGAGUUGCGAGCCAACCAUUAGUUAGGCUGAUAAUACAAAAAAAAAUAACAGCUGACUACAUAAAUAAUAUGUUCAUGCACUUCUGUGGCUGCCUAAGGGCAUAGGAUACUGGUCUAGGGUAAUAUGAAUUUUUAGAAUAAUAUAUUUCAAGACAAAAAUGAUUAGAAGACCAAAUCACCUUCCCUUACAAUGUAGUUUAUUCAAUUAAGAAUAGUUUUUGUCCCUUUGAACAAUAUCAAGAUAAAUAUGACAAUUUUUUUUUGAAUUUAUUCUGUAAGAUAUUCAUUUGACCAUUUGCUUACUUUGAUCAAUUUGCUUGUUUAAUUUCCUUGUUGCCAAAGCUCUUUCACUAUAACUGUCAUGUAAAGAAGAAAAAAAUAUAUAGAAAAUUAUCUGACCAACUUUUAACAUUACAAAGUGGCUCUGAGGGUAUAUGCGUUUGCUGUUCAAGCCCUUUUUUUUAAGUUACUGAAGUUUAUUCAGGGGAUGAUCGAUCAGUAUUGGUUUCAAUCUUUUUUCUUUUACAUAGUUUGGUUUUCAAUUUUUUCAAGAGGUAACAUUUUUUUUUCUGGUUUCAAUCAACCUGUUUUUGUUUCUGGUUUUGCUGUUUUGGUCCAAUUGUGAAAAGUCACAAUUUCAGCAAAGUUUAAAAUCGGUUAUAGUUACAACAGCUACAGGUUCAUUCGAAAACAAGAGAGCUGGAAAUUCUAAAGUUGCCCUACAUGUAUUUAGAAUAUUUAAGUCUGCUGGUUACUGUUUUGUUGUUUGGGGGGGGGGCGGGGGAUUGUGAUUUUUUGGUUUAUGAACCCAUGUAAUGGACAGGGUUGAUAGAGUUCAUUUUCAGUUUUCAGUGUGAACUAUGGUAUUCAGAGAUAUGAUGCCAGAAGGCCUUUCUCUUGUCAGAACGAAUCACUGUCUUAAUCCAGUGGUUAAAACUUGUAUGUUUUAGAUUUGAUCUUGUUAGUUAACCCAUACCAUUCCUUCUUUUUAGGCAUGGAUGUAAUUCUUGAUCGCCGUGGUGAACUUGAAGACACAGAGAUCUUCCAGUUGGAAUUUGACAAAUCAAGCAAGAAAGUAGCAGUUCGUGGCUCAACUGGAAAGUACUGGGUUUUGGGUGACAAGGGCAUGACAGCAUCAGCCGACAAGCCUGGACCUAACUCCUGGUUUGAGCUUGAAUGGCAUGGCAAACAGAUUGUAUUCAAAUCCCACACUGGCAAGUACAUUACAGGCAAAGACAAUGGUCAUCUUAUUGAAGGUGGUGAUGAGAUUGACGAGGAGAGAGGAUAUCACAUUCCAGAGCUUGUCAAUAGGCCAAUGCUGGUUCUCCGUGGUGAUUUUGGUUUUGUCCGUGUUGGAGUCAAAGAUAAAAUUGAGAGCAAUCAGUCAAAAUAUGAUGUCUUCCAUAUGAAAUGCGACAAAGGAAUGUAUAAGAUCAGCACUGAUUCAGGAAAAUUCUGGUGUAAUGAUGAGAAGUUUAACAUCACCCUGUCAGCUGAUGAAAGUGGUGCCAGCGAGUAUAAUAUUGAACUUCCUCAGUACAACAGAAUAGCGAUUAAGGCUGCCAAUGGUUGCUACAUCCAGGGUCACCAGAAUGGAUCGUUUGCAGCCACAGCGAAAGAAAUUGGAAAAGCUGCUUUAUGGGAAUACUAA